UCUACUGCUUCGUCCUGUUGGGCAAACUAUAGUCGAUAUAGUCUAUUCCGUUUAACAUUGGUCAUAUGUGCUUGAUAAAUAAGUCUGUCAUGAGUGAUGAAAAAUAUUCGGUUAAUUUGAGUCACAAAAAUCGUGUGUAAAUAACGAUCGUUCCAACGAAUUCCAAAGGGAAACGGAGUUUGUGACUAUGUAGCUAUUUUUAUGAAAAGUAAAAUAGUACGUUCGUUAUUCAACUAUUUUCUCUGGCAUGUUUAAUAUCGUAGUCCGAUAUCUCAUUAAGAAAAUUGUUUCGGAAAUUGAAGUGAACGAAAAAGAAACAACAGCAUUUCAUCGGUAUCAUCCCUUGAUACCGAUAUUGUUCUAUAUCCGCCUAUAAAGACACAACAUAACAUACAUGUACACACGCAUACAUAUGUAUGUGCGAUUUAUCGGUCGUCCAAAUUAGAUCGUAACAAGUUUAACGGAGAUAAAUCAUAAAUAAUAUGGAAAAGUACCGUUUUGAAAGUUUUGAAGACGAAAUAUGUAGGUCACAGAAAGUUCUUGAGCGCAAGUCCGUCGCGCAGCAAACGCGACUUUUCGAUCGACACUGUUCGUUUCGUAAAAUACGUCGGUGGUAGGUCGACGGACGCAACGUUUAGAACGGCGCACGUGUGUAAAUGUUACCGAAGAUUUCCUUCGUCCGGUAAAUGCAUCAGGAUGUCUUUUUUCGCUUGGAAAGGGAGCAAUCGUUCCGAAAAUACCGAACACGGUGGACGCAAUUUACAAGAUGGUCUUUUUCAAAUUGCAUCUCAGGCUUGUCACAUAUUAGUACAAGUGAACAACACGCACAACGUUUCGUACGGUGGAAACAAUAAUGUAAGGAAUAUCGCAUAUUCGAAAUGUUCCGGCAAUGACGAAGAUUCGAUACGUCAUACAGCUUCUUCCACGAGUAAAGCCACUACUUCCACGGUUAAGUCUUAUACGAAGUACAUGAAAGAACAAGGCAAGGAUCAGGAUGUAGUCGUUUUAUUGCCACAUCGUAAGAGCAGAACGCCUCUUGUUAAGCACAAAUUAUCCACAGUUUCUGAGAAUGCCAGAUUAGAAUUGAACCCAUCAAAGUAUAGCGGCAGUGGUGGUAGAAAUAGUGGUUCUGGUGGUGGAUCUGGUGCCAGUGCAGCUAACUGUAAUACCACCGCUCCUGACGAUGAUUUCGAAUUGUGGGAUUAUUCCGGUUUUAUGUUAAGAAACGAUACUGAUGAUCCAAUUACGAAUGGGAAAUGGGGAGGUGCACAAGGAUGGUGCAGACCAAGCUGCAUUCCAAUUACAGUCAUACUAAUUUUGAUAGUGCUGGUUGUUUUAUUGCCAUUAUUAGAUCAUGCAGCGGAUAAAUACGCGUCGAACGGCACGAAUUUCGAUUUCGAUACGAGUUGCAUGAAUGGCUGUAAUUUAUCUUUCGUGGAAACUUUGCCAAUCGGCAUGAGUUACACGAAUAACACCGUUUUUCUCGACAACACUUACGACUCUUGGAUCAAAUUGAUUUCAUUGGCGCGGGAAAAGAUAGAAAUAGCAUCGUUUUAUUGGACUAUGAGGAGGGAAGAUGUGUAUCCAGACGAUAGUGCGAAACAGGGUGAAGAAAUUUUCCAUUUGCUUCUCGAAGCGGGCAGAGAUCGGAAUAUUUUACUGAAGAUAACGCAAAAUAUACCAUCGCAAAUAAGACCGAACAUCGAUACGGAAGUGUUGACGAAAAAGGCAAACGCUAAGGUCAAAAGUUUAAAUUUUGCUGGAUUGUUCGGAGGAGGAGUACUUCAUUCGAAAUUAUGGCUCGUUGACAGAACGCAUUUAUAUAUUGGUUCUGCGAAUAUGGAUUGGCGGUCGCUCUCGCAGGUGAAGGAACUUGGUUUAAUGGCUUUAAAUUGCAGUUGUUUGGCAAACGAUUUUGCCAAGAUAUUCGACAUUUAUUGGACAGUAGGCAACGAUGGUAAAAUACCUUCUGUUUGGCCGGAUUAUCUUAAUACGAGAAUUAAUUUAAAGAAUCCGAUGAACUUUACAUUUAUGAAUAAUAAAUAUAAAACAUUUGUUGCGAGUUCACCUCCGCCAUUUUCGCCAAAAGGUAGAACGAAUGACGUGGAUGCUAUUCUUUAUUGUAUCGAAAAAGCCGAGAAAUUUAUUUACAUCUCAGUGAUGGAUUAUUUUCCACUGACUAUAUAUACAGCUAAAAUCAAAUAUUGGCCGAUAAUAGAUGAUGCACUGAGAACGGCAGCUAUCGAACGUAAAGUACACAUACGACUAUUGAUAUCGUCGUGGAAGCAUACGAGAAAAUCAGAGGUUUUCUUUUUGAAAUCGCUCAUGGAACUAACAGAUAGUUAUGCGGGUGUGAAAAUUGAAGUGAGAAAAUUUAUAGUUCCUACGAAUCCUGAUUUCGACAGAAUACCGUUCUCAAGGGUAAAUCACAAUAAAUAUAUGGUGACCGAUGUAACAGCGUAUAUAGGAACAAGCAACUGGUCUGGCGAUUAUUUUAUAAAUACAGCAGGUAUAGGUACGGUAUUCGAGACUAUCGGCGAUCAGACUUCGGAAAAUCUUAGGCAGCAAUUGGAAAAUAUUUUUCAUCGCGAUUGGUAUUCUGAAUAUUCUUAUGCUUUAAACGAAAGUAUACCAUUUGUGAAACGAUCGACAAAUACCAUCGAAGACUACUACCUACGAUCAUCACGUUACAUAUUAGCGUGACAAUAUCAACGAUUUGAUCAACGUUUCCAGCGAAGACAAUGAAAAUCAUUUCUUGCUGCUUAAUACGAAGUCUUGAAGACGAAUUUCUUAAAUGUUUUGUCCCUUGUCAUUGACAAAAUUAAACUCAUUCUUUUUUUCCUUAUCUUUUUUUUCUUUUUUUUUUACGAAGCACAUUCUUACGAUUAUCCAUACUCAGCAAAUAUCGACUUCGAGCUGACGUUUUGUUUGUUCCGUGUACAUUACAUACACAAACACAUUCCUCUUUCAUUCUCUUUUAUGUUGUUCCAUCUCUGCUGUUAUUUCUUUAAAGACAUACACGAGCGUACAUUUACACCCACGCGUACCAUCUCCUUUGGAUUCCAUCUCUCUCACUUGCUCGCUUACUUACUCAUACUUCUUUCCCUCCAUCUGAUGUGCGCAUUCACGCACAUACACACUCAUUAACCACGAAGUAAGUACCUACGUAUCUGAAAUUUUAAACCUAUAGGAAUAAUCUUACAUAACGGACGUUUGUGUGCCUUGCUUUAAGUGACCUUGCGAAUGUCUUCUAUGGAAAAUCAUUUUAAUAUUAAAACCCAAGCAAUAUUCCGUCCAUAUAAUAAUAUAAUUCUGAAAAAGAUUAUAUACAUUUUAAUAAUUAAUAUUUAAAAUAUUCCGUUAUUAUAUGUGAUUGAUUUAAACGUUGCUCCAAGAAAAGGGAAGAAGAAAAAAGUGCUGCACGAACUUGUGACAUUUAUUAGAAUUCAAUAUAAAUACAACAAGCAUUAGUAACGUUACAUGAUCUGCAACUUUUUAUCGAUACAAAUCCUAGAAUUAAUAGUAAAUGUGCUAAUUACUGACGUAUCUACCUGCAAACAAGUUACUUCUGAUGUUCAUGUGACGUUUAAACUAUAUGCAUUAUACAUACAUCCUUGCGUGGAAAGAUACGCGAUUUUAGUAAAUCAAUCUCAUAAGUGUUACAAAAAGUUGCGUUUUUUCAUAAGUAUAUUCGAAUUAGCAUGAAAAAUUGUAUACUUGAAAAAAUGUUUACAUCAUUAUUAAUUUGUUUAUUUAUUGCGAAACAAAGUUCGUUUGAAACUUACAGUAACGUAAAGAUUUGUGCUUCUACUACAAUUCACUGCAAGCAACAACGAAUUUUAUUUUUCCGCGGUUCGUUAUAAGCAAAUCGUUUUUGUAUAACUCACGUAUUUUCUAUACAUAUAAGUAUACAUUUUAAUUGUACUUCCGUUCUUAUACAUUUUUGUACAGAAACAGAAAUAGAUUAUAAAUGUGCAUACGUAUAUAUGCAGCUAAAGGUUGUAUAAUCAUAAAUUAUUAAUUAUUAACUAUUAGCAUUAGAAAACAGUACUUCUAA